AUGGAUCCCGACUCCCCUUCUGGUCCCAACUGCUCCAAAACUGGCAACUGCUUCUACGAUUUCCAAGACGACGAUGGCACCGAAAUCAGUGGCGACUUCAGCAAGGACACACUUACAAUUGCACCAAACAUUUCAGUCCCUGCUUUCAAGUUCGGCUGUACCCAUUCUGCUCAGGGAACUUUUGGACUUGAAGCUGGAUUCUUGGCCCUCGGCAGAUCCAACACGUCCAUAGUUGUCCAAACUGCAAAUACAUUUAAUCAAUGUUUCUCCUGCUGCAUGCCUUCCAACCCAUCCUCCAAAGGCUUCCUCGUACUCGAAAAAGAUUACGAUUGUACCACAAAAUUUACGCCUUUGAUUACUAUAUUAUUUUCUGAAUAUAUGUAUUUCAUCAACAUAAUCGCCAUAGCCGUGGACGGCCGCAACUUACAAUACAACCCAAGUGCUUUCUUGAGAUCUACCAACACCUUCAUAGACUCGAGCAUAUACAUCACUGAACUCCCGGAAGGUGUAUACAGUGCGUUGAGCACCGAAUUCAGGCGGCUUAUGCUCAACAAUUACGGAUACAAGAAGGCAAAACCACUUUCUGAUGGCUCAUCCCUCGACAUUUGUUUUGUUCCUCAUAAAACAAAUAAUUCUAUCCCAUUUGUGCCAUUCACCUUUCAGAAUAACGUGAAAGUCGAUUUAGAUUUUUUCGGGAUAGUUAAAGUUUACAACGCAUCGCUAAUGCGCCUUGCGUUCACCAGCGGGGACACUAAUAUAGCGACUUUCGGCAUUACGCAGCAGAAAACAUUCGAGGUUGUGUACGAUGUUGGCGGCCAUAGAUUAGGGUUCAUCCCAAAGAGGUGUUAA